AUGAGAAUUGGAAGGGGAUGUGAACCUUGUCGCCUAGAUCCGCCGUUUCGCUUCAAAUCUGUGCGUCAUGUUUACCAGAAGAGCAACGGCACGGCAUCCAAGUUUGAGCUAGCCUGGGAUUCUCAGCAGACUUGGGUAAAGGUUCCUCACUCGUUAACCUUCGUGCAAGAAUCAUCUGACGACUCCGACGAUGACAAUAUAAGCGACGUUCCGCUGGUCCCUCGGGGGGAUGAUCAUGUCCCCUCAAAUGAGACGCCGCAAGACAUCCCGCAAUUCUAUACUGUACUGUCCCAUCUCCCUUUUCCAGAGAUUAUGUAUUCUCAGGAUGAGAGCCCACGAGGACAUCAUGAUGCCGACAAUCCAGCACCACACCCCACGACACCCCCAAUUGCCGAAGUACAACCCUUCCCCGGCACAUCCUCAAGCCUGUCACCCCAAGCCAUUCCUAUGCUCUCUCCGAUAGCAUCCGCAAGUACUUGGACGAGCGCAGCAUCGCCGACGAGUGCGGUCAGCCCCAGACAAGGCAGCUCGUCAUCACUCUCACCUCGCGAAGCUCACCUUCUCCGUCUCUUCAUUCAGAAGCUUGCGCCAUGGGCCGACAUCUGCGAUCUCCGCUCUCACUUCGGGACCGAAGUCCCUCGCCGCGCCCUCCGAUAUCCAAUGGUUCUCAAAGCUGUCCUCGCCCUUGCCGCUCGACAUGACGCCAUUGUAAAAGGGGCUAGUGAUUGGGAAGCAUCAGAGUACCACGGCCAGUGCCUCGCACUCCUGAUCGCAGCUCUGGCCCUCCCAGAAGAGACCUACGAUGACAAUCUCCUCUUCACGGUCGUGAUCCUACGGAUGUAUGAAGAGCUCGAGCUCGCGACCGACGAGAAGUGCCACUGGGUCGGAUCUAAUCGACUGCUCAACCGGAUGUCCAACUCCGCCUCCUCGGGCGGGCUCGCCGAAGCCGUCAGCUGGCAGUUCCUCCGCCAGGCCAUCUACGCCUGCGUCGUGCAGCACCAACCGAUGCAACUCAACCUGGCGAACUACGAGCGGUCGGUUGUCUUCCGCCGGCGCGACGACGCCUCAUAUGCGAACGUCAUCAUCUUCUACUGCGCCAAGAUCUUGCGGUUAUGGUCGGGCUCGCACUGCAGUCCUGUUGAUGAGACGGAGUGGCAGCAUCUGGUCGAUAGCGUAGAGCAAUGGUACCAGGCGCGACCGGUCAGCUGGCAGCCACUACAGUACAAGGAUGCGAAUCCGAAGGAGGAUCGCCCGUUUCCUGAGAUGUGGAUGAUCUCGCCGCAGGCGGCUGUGGGACUGCAAUAUUAUCAUACAGCGUGCAUCUUUCUGAGUGCUUCCGACCGACACUGGAGUGUAGUCAGUGACUACGAGCUUGCGCGACUCAAGCGUGUGGAGGAGAGAACAAUCUCAUCCCACCUCGUCAAGGUCAUCGGCCUCUCGAUGUCCAAUGAAACCGUCGAAAAUGCAUACUUCAUGGCCUGCCAUCUCCUCCAUCGCUGUACCUCCAGCACAACGAUAACUUCGCAAGCCGAUGCCGAUAACCGUCUCUCCUCCUGCUCCACCAUCCACGGCACCUUGACCAUCUCCCCGUCCGUCACCGGCACCAUCACCCUCAAACAACUUGAGACGCUCAACGCAGGUCUCACCAUACAAAAUGCCUCCGCGCUGACGGCUUUCUCCGCGGCGAACCUCGAAACCGUCAACGGACAGUUUACCAUCAGGAAUAAUGCUCAGUUGAGCACCCUUACGCUGUCAAAUCUGCAAAAGGUCAGCGGAGAGCUGGAUGCCGAGGAUAAUUCGCAGCUCAGAGAUUUGGUGUUGGAUGAUUUGCAGUAUGUGAAUGGAGCGUUGGUCCUAAGUGGGAAAUUUGAUCGGAUAUCAUUUAGUGACCUCAAGCAUGUCAACGGCAAGACGAGUAUCCGGUCGCACGGUGGAUCAUUUCGCUGCUCGAGUUUGAACUCCCUCCGAAAUGGGGAUGAUGACGAUGACGAUGACGACAGCAACAAUAACAGCAACAGCAAUGGCGUGUUCAGGGGGUCCUACAGCUGCUCUGACGGCUCCAGCAGCGGGCUGAGUUCGGGAGCCAAAGCGGGAAUUGCGAUCGGCGUGAUCGUGCUCGUGCUGCUGAUUUUCCUCCUCGUAUGGGUAUUAAUGCGUCGGAACCGGUCAAGACGCAAACGGCGGAACGCGGACCAAGACGAGGGCAAAUCUGAAUACACAGCUGUUGGAGUAGGGUUGUCACAUGAUCGCAAUAUCUCAAAUAUGGAAGAGAAAUUGAAACCUCGAGUGUCGGAGCCGCAUGAGCCCGAUCAGACGAUCAACCUGAACAGCAUUCCACGGAAGCCACUCUCGCCGCCUCCACCAUCGUUGUCGAACGACACACAUCGCACAAUAUCAACAAUCUCGCCACCUUCUCCCCCGGUACCGGCUGCUUUGAUUUCCGGCACAGAAAGCUCGUCCAGCUCUGUCCCGACGGCUGAUGACCAAAACGCGUUGUUCCUGCAUGCCAUCCCCCGGCGGAGGCCAUCUGAAACGGACGUCCCAUUAUUGGAUAGUGGAAACGUGCAUGAAGUACCGGCCAGUCCGGUCGCGCAUAGAGGAUUGUAUGAGCUGGACGCUGGGCCCGUGCGAGGGACGCACCAGCAACCAAUCAACCACGAGUAAUUGGCGAAUUGUCGCGUAUGACGGCGCGUCACGAAGCAUGAUUGACGAGACUUCCGGAAACUGUGGGUUAGCACGGCCCAACAAAUAUACCCUGAGAUAGCGGAACAUAACAAAACAACAGUCCAUCAUCUAACUGUACAAUUAGAUUGCAAUUGAGAAAUCGUAGCCAGACCG